AUGACUGACGAUACCCCAAUGUCAAACAUCCAAGGGCCCACAACUGUGCUGUAUCCAGUCAAUGCACAACAAAAGUCAGUUCCCCAAGGCCCAGGGGAACUCUAUACUCCAGCCCAUGAUUAUCAUACAUCUGUCCCUAUUCCACGUCAAAAGAUGGUUCCACCCUUGACGCUUGGCACUUAUUCAGAUGACAAUAUGAUCCUGGAACCACCUAAGGAACACCCUUUUGAGGACGGGGAAUUUGUUUCUCCUGGAUUCUUCGAUCGGGCCCAUCAUACCUGGUUCUCUCACCAUGCAUCUACUGCUGACUGGACGUACGCGAAGCGUCGUGACGCACAGCAAAUUCUCCCUUUUCUAUACUUGGGACCAGCAUCUAUGGCGCGGGACAGGGGCUUUGUUCAAAAUGAAGGCAUCACAUUAUUGUUAUCCAUUCGUGAUAAACGAUCUGCCAUUGCCCGUUUGUUGUCUGGUGUCAAGAUAGCCGAGGAGCUGGGUAUCCAGGCAGAUGCAGUCGAUGUGGAUAGCGAACAAGAACUCAUCAGCCUAUACCCCAAAAUCAUCCGAGCUAUUAACCAACACAUAUCAUCAGGGGUUUCUGCGCGGCCCGGCCUGCCACCGAGAGUGCUUGUCUUUUGUGAAUCGGGCAAUGGACGGUCUGCAAGCGUGGUGAUCGCAUACAUAAUGAGCAUGAUGAAUCUGGAUAUGGCCUCGGCAAUGUGGGCUGUCCACCAUCGGCGUUUCUGUAUUGAUGUGGGCGAAUCCAUGCAGACGCUUCUUCAUUCAUACCAGGCCAUUCUCGAUGCGAAGAGGGAGGUCGCGAAAGCCCGUCGACAGGAAGCUAGUACCUCUUCUUCUCUAGCUAUACAACCACCAUCUCAUCCAGGUGGUCAACUUACGAAGAAACGAAGCUUUAUCGAAUAUGAUGGCGAUGCCAAUACAUCUGCCACCGAUGAGAAUACCGGCUCUUCUGUCCAAAAGAAUGCGAUUCAGGUCGACGAUAACGCUGAGCAUCCGAAACAGAGGCCUGCUCCUUUCAUAGAGCGCGUUGUCUAA